ACGCAGCCAUCUUUCAUUCACGGAGGCGAGCUGAAGAAAUAUCAAAUCGACGGGUUGAACUGGCUGAUUUACAAAUGGCAUAAGCAGACGCCGUCAAUUCUAGCUGACGACAUGGGGUUGGGCAAAACGGUGCAAAUCGUCUCAAUGCUUGCUUGUUUGCACCACGAAUACCGUCGGUUUCCUUUCGUCAUCGCUGCGCCGUCUUCGACGUUGGGCCAUUGGAAGGCAGAAUUUGCAAAGUGGGCUCCGGAGCUCGUUUUGGUGCAUUACACUGGGGACGGGAAAGGACGCGAGAAAUUGAGGGAGAUGAUGAUCUUUGGACCCGAUGAUGAAGACAGGGAUCCCGGCAAGAAUGUGCGGUUCCAUGUCUUGCUCGCCAAUUACGAGUCCCUAAUGAGGGACAGCGCCUUCUUCAAAAAGAUCGACUUUGAGGUCUUGAUCUGUGACGAGGGACAUCGGCUGAAGAACGACGCGGCCAAAACGUUCUCGGCGUUCCGGAAGAACAUAAGGAACAAACAUAGGAUUAUCCUGACGGGAACGCCGCUGCAGAACAACGUGCGCGAGUUGUUCAACUUGCUCGGUUUCUUGGAUCCUAAAAAGUUCAAAAACCCUGCGGAGUGGGAGAAGCAAUAUGACAGCGACGAGCUCACGGAUGAGAAAGUGAAGGAAAUACAUGAGCUUCUUGCUCCUUACUUCCUGCGACGGACAAAGGAUGCCGCUGAUCUUGGACUACCACCGAAAGUGGAAAUCCUCUUGCCCGUAUCCCUGACUUCUCUCCAAACGGAACUCUACAAAGGAGUACUGGCCAAAAAUGCUCAAAUUCUCAAGCAGAUCGGUAUCUCGACUUCCGGGAGAGAUAACGCGCGUGUCAGCUCCUUGCAAAACGUGCUGAUGGAACUGCGCAAAAUCUGCAAUCACCCAUACUGCUUGCAGGACGUGGAGCCGGAGGGACUGUCGACUGAGGAGACAUUGAAGCAUAUGAUUGCAGCCAGUGGGAAAUUGGCUCUGUUGCAUAAGAUGUUGGCCAAGCUGAAUGCCCAAGGCCAUCGGAUCUUGAUUUUCUCGCAGUUCAAGAUGAAUCUUGAUAUCCUGGACGAUUAUUUGAUCGGGGCGGGGUAUUCGUUUGUACGAAUGGAUGGUGAGACGGCUUUAAAUAUCCGUCAAAGCAUCAUCGACCGUUUCAACGACCGCAAUCAGGAUUGUUUCAUCUUUCUCUUAACCACCCGCACGGGCGCCGAAGGAAUCAACCUUACCGCCGCUGACACCAUCAUCAUAUAUGACGCAGACUGGAAUCCGCACCGAGAUUUGCAAGCGAUGGCUCGUGCCCAUCGCAUCGGACAGGACAAGCCGCUCGUUGUGUAUAGAUUUUUCACGCGCCGAUGCGUGGAGGAGAAGAUCCUGGAAGCAGGCAAGAAGAAACUGGUCCUCGAUCAUCUCAUCAUCGAGCAGAUGGCAAAGAAGGAUUCCAGCCCCGAGGAACUGUCGUCUAUCAUUCGUUAUGGAGCCAAAGCUCUGUUCGAGGAGGAUGAGCAGGCGAUUGACGCUCAGCAGGUCAAGUACGAUGAUGUUGAGGUCGAUCGACUGCUUGACAGGUCGGCCAUCUUUGCAGAGAAACAGAAGGAUGCAGAAGAUCCGGCAUUAAAUACGGCGACGGCAAAGCUGGGUACCUUUGCGAAGCUUUGGAUCAACGAAAAGGCCGAUGCAGGGGCGGAUGUGGACUUGGCAGACGACGGUGGCGUUGGCGCGACUGGCGAGAACGGAGCUGUUGAGGAGGAUGAUGCUGGGGCGUUCUGGGAACGGCUUCUGGCCUAUAACACGGGCAAGGCUUCGGGGAUACCCCAGCAGGAGUUUCAUCCUAAUGGGCGAGCGAAGCGGAAACGGCGGCACGUGGACUAC